UAAAGAUACUGCUGUUAAUAAAAAUAGCGAUUCAUUAUUUCACAAUAACAACUUAAUGAAUGAUUUGUCACUAUCUAUUACUACAAAUGCUGCUUUGAACACUAAUAUAUCAAAUACGAAUACUAAUAUCGAAGACGAUAUCUGUGCAUUAUCGAAUAAGAAUUUCCAUGACGUUGAACGACAUACUGAAUGUGAUGUUGAAACUAAUGUUGAAUCUAAUUCUAAUUCUACACUUUGUAACAAUAAAAAUUUGAAUGAUGACAUUAGAAAGUCAGUAAAUUUGCAAGAUGCUCUUAUUAUAAAUAAAAGCAAUGAUUUCUUACGUCAUAAUAACAAUGAUGUAAUAAGUGGUAAGUUUUUAAGAUAUGCAGGAUGAGUCAAA